AACAUUCAGCUGCUAUCACCACCUAGAGACAUGACAGAGGAGCCAAGUACUGUGGCUGCUACAAAAACUGACUACAGCGAUUACUAUAAUGAAGAAGGUGACUUUGAGCAACCAUGCAACAAUGGCCAAACAAAGGCAUUCAGUGAGGUGUUCCUUCCCACCCUGUACAGCAUAGUGUUCAUCAUUGGCUUCAUUGGAAAUGGUCUGGUCGUGUGGGUCCUUGUCAGAUACCGCCACAAAUCCAACAUGACAGACGUGUGCCUCUUCAACCUAGCCCUAGCUGACCUACUCUUCCUUGUGUCACUGCCAUUUUGGGCUCACAAUGCCAUGGAUGAGUGGAUUUUUGGCAGGUUUAUGUGUCACACCAUAACAGGUCUCUUCAUGAUCGGUCUCUACGCCAGCAUCUUCUUCAUGGUUCUCAUGACACUGGAUCGCUAUGCCAUCAUCGUCCAUGCCCACAGUGUGUUCUCCAGAAAUCGCUCUACAAAAAUGGGUUUGGCUCUGGCCUCGUUGGUAUGGAUGCUCAGCCUGUUGGUGUCCCUACCUAACAUCAUUUUUGCCAAAGAUAAAAAUGAGACAAACAGCAAAAUAUCCUGUGGAUCUGAUUUUCCUAAAGAUUCAUCCUGGAUGCCAUUUACUUAUCUUAAGAUGAACCUUCUGAGCUUGGUUUUCCCUCUGAUUAUCAUGAUCUUUUGUUAUUCCCGGAUUAUCCCAACUCUGCUCAGCAUGAAAUCGCAAAAAAAGCACAAAGUGGUCAGACUGAUCCUUGCUGUGGUAGCGGUUUAUUUUAUUUUCUGGACUCCAUACAACAUUGUCAUGUUUCUUAUGUUCCUGCAGAAAAUGGAGUACAUGUUAACUUGCGAGUGGCAUAAUGGUUUGAGUCUUGCCAUGCAGUGGGUGGAAACCAUCGCCUUGAGCCACUGUUGCCUCAACCCAAUCAUCUAUGCAUUUGCUGGAGAGAAGUUCAGAGGAGCAGUCAUCAAAGUCUUGAAUGAUCAGUUUCCAAUGUGCUUUAAGCAAUGCGCAUCUUUCACUCACCAGUUAUCUGAGAGGAGAAGCUCAAUGUUCUCCAGAUCUUCUGAAAUUUCCAGCACACAAAUUGCAUAAGGCAAACAUAUUCCUCCAGAGAAUCUUAUUUUCAAGAGAACUUACACUGUAAAUGCUGGGUUUCACUCAGUUGUCCCAACAUAAAUCGUUUUUUUACCAAUACAAGUGGAUUGAACGUAAAGCAAUUAUGUUUUCCCCAAAGUAUUUCAGAAUUUUGUUGUUUUAACUCAACAAGCAGCAGCAAACGCCAGCUUUUGAGUGAACCUCGAGGUAUUAUUAGCAAUGAAUGUAUAUCUACUUCAUUUUUUAUGUAGCCUUUGUUCUUU